AUGAUACUAACGAUAGAAGGCCCAGAUGGUAGCACCGUGCCGCCAUCUUGGUUUGGUUUGGAGGCAGAAGACGCUGGUACCUACUUCCCGUGUGUGAAGAGGGACCCGGGUCGGUACCUUCGGCCCUGCUCCGACUCGGUGAAGACCUGGCUCCGGAACAUGAAGAGCGCCGGCAAAGUGCUGCUGCUCAUCACCAGCUCCCACAGCGACUACUGCCGCCUCAUCUGUGACCACGUGCUGGGGAAGGACUGGGAGGAGCUUUUUGACGUCAUCAUCACGAACGCUCUGAAGCCAGGAUUCUUCUCCCUGGUCCCACAUCAGAGGCCCUUCAGGAACCUGGUGAACGACGUGGAGGAGAGCGAGGGCCUCCUGUCUCUGGACAAACCGGGCUGGUACUCUCAGGGAAACUGGCCUCAUCUGCUGGAGCUCCUCAGAUCUAUCACAGGGACACAGGAGCCAAAGGUACACACUCCUCAAAACUAUCACAGGGACACAGGAGCCAAAGUAACAACACAUCCGUCAGCAGCGUAUGAGAGGUUCUUUCAGUGUGAGCAGGCCUCGGACUCCACACAGACCCCACACAGACCCCACACAAUGGCACCUCUUUCACCUGGUUCCAGCACUUACGGCUCCGGAGCGAUAAGCUGA